AUGUCUGCACCAUCAGAGGCCAAUCCAGAAGGUAUGCACCGGUACGCGCGUGUGAAUGUAGAUAAGCCGCGAGACUACUGGGAUUACGAGUCUGCGCGAAUUCAAUGGAGUUCGCCCGAGCGCUAUGAGAUAGUUGAAAAGAUUGGCAGAGGGAAGUACAGCGAUGUCUUUCUAGGGUGGGACACCAAAUUCCAUCGGCAGGUGGUUAUAAAAGUGCUCAAGCCUGUGAAGAAGAAGAAGAUACUGCGGGAGCUUAAGAUUCUUCAAAAUCUUCAGGGUGGAUCCAACAUUGUGGAGUUGUUUGACGUGGUACGCGAUCCAUGCAGUAAGACACCCUCGUUUAUCUUUGAGUACGUUCCAUCCUCUGACUUCCGAACCAUUUUUCCCAUCUUGACGGACCAAGACGUCCGUUACUAUGUUUUUGAGCUUCUCAAGGCCUUGGAAUAUGCACAUUCCAUGGGUAUCAUGCAUCGCGACGUCAAACCAAACAACAUCACGAUCGACCAUAUCCGACGUAGACUUGUUCUCAUUGACUGGGGUCUGGCCGAGUUUUACCAUCCCGCCACGACGUACAACGCCCGUGUAGCUUCUCGCUAUUUCAAAGGUCCAGAGCUCUUAGUUGAGCUUCCAAUGUACGAUUACAGGCUUGACAUGUGGUCGCUUGGGUGUAUGUUCGCGGGCAUGAUCUUUAUGAAGGAACCGUUUUUCCAUGGAAAGGACAACAACGAUCAGCUGGUUCGCAUUGCUAAAGUUCUAGGCACCGAUGAGUUAUUCGCGUAUUUGCAAAAGUACAACUUGAAGCUUUCGCCUCUUUUGGAGGCGGCAGUGGGUCGUCAUAGCAAAAAGCCCUGGAGUACAUUUAUAACCCGAGAGAAUCAACAUUUGUGUUCAUCAGAGGCCCUCGACUUCCUAGAUCACCUGCUCCAGUACGAUCACGUGAAGCGUUUGCAGGCGUUAGAGGCCAUGCAGCACCCUUACUUUGAUUCUGUGCGGGCUGAACACACGGUGAAGGCGGCGGAGAAUAAGGCCGGGACGUAG